AAGAACUGAAUGAUUGGAGGUUAUAUUUGACAUGUCAACAACAUCCACUUUGAAAUAGUACAAAAAUGUCAUUGUACGAUGAUUUUGAUAAGCAUCGAACAACAGAAAAAGUCGCAGGGUGGUCAUCGGGUAUUAAACUAUUACAGUCCCAGCUGCAAUUAAAAAAAGCGGCAACUACACAGCCAAAAAGAGAACAGUUCAGAAAAGCUGCGGCAGUUUUGGCACCUGUGAUUGACUUGAAAUCAAAGGUUAACCGCGAUGGCGAGAAAGACGAAGAUUCACAAACAGGAAAUUCUCUUACCCUUAGCGGUACAAAUAAUGUCGGAGUCGGAGGCGAGUUUGACUGGAACGUAGUAAAUGAAUAUGACCCGAUGUGGCCAAAUGAGUACGAAAAAGUCGUCAAGGAAUUACGCGAUAUUCGGGACAGAGAACACGACCAGGAAAAUGAAUUACGCAAACGCAGACGCGACACUACCAGAUUUGAAGAUCCGCAGACUUCCCCUGGCAGCAACACAAUGGUCGCACCAGAAAGGGAUGAGGAAAGAACACCAACUUCGAGAGGAGUGGGCGGUGGCGCAGCUAUAGCACCUCCCCCAUCCCUUCAAGAGGCACCAGAUCUAGCACCUCCUCCACCUCCAGCACGACCUCAGGCAUCGAAUCUUGGCUACGGUGCUUCCUCCGUAGCUGCAAAGAUCAUGGCAAAAUAUGGCUUCAAAGAAGGCCAGGGUCUUGGUAAAAAGGAACAGGGAAUGUCUGUUGCUUUACAAGUAGAAAAAACCAGCAAACGUGGUGGUAGGAUAGUUGGCGAAAGAGAACAAUUGAUGCCUCCUCCACCACCCAUGGUACCUUCGCCACCACUACCUGUCGCCCCUGUUCCACAACCUGUGGUUCCUCAGGAGGAGCCAAGCAUUACAGAGAUUAUGAAAUCACCAAGCAAGGUGGUGCUCUUACGAAAUAUGGUUGGACCAGGUGAGGUGGAUGAAGAUCUUGAGCCAGAAGUCAAGGACGAGUGUAACACAAAGUAUGGGGAUGUAUCGCGUGUUAUGAUUCACGAGGUGAUGGACGUCCCGGCUGAAGAGGCAGUGCGUAUAUUUGUAGAGUUUAAGAGGAUAGAAAGUGCGAUCAAAGCUGUAGUAGACUUAAACGGUCGCUUCUUUGGCGGAAGACAAGUUAGAGCUGGAUUUUAUUCCUGUGAAAAAUUGGACACCUUGCAACUGAUGGACUAAACUUGAAGUACAUGAAUUUUUUUUAAAUGUGCGCCGUUUGUGAAUAAUAAAAUACUGUCAAUUAAAA